AUGAAAUUAAUAUUAUUGAUAACAUUGUUCACAAUAUGUAUAUGUUUGCACUAUGAUGAUGGCAACAGUGGUAACUCUGUAAUUGAAGAAUAAAUUAAAGACAUUUAAUAACAUAAAAUUGGUUAAGCCAUUUUAAAGAUGGCUGAGUUAAAUUAUAAAUUACAAGGUCCUGUGGAUGAACUUAUUUCAACAAUUAAAAGUUUUGGACGUUAGUUGAUUGAAAGAGUGGAAUAAGAGAACCUCGAUUACGAGGCUAUUAAAGCAGAAAGCGUUGUAAAAGUUCAAUAAUUAAAAUAAAUAAUUUCAGAUGCUGAAAACGAAUAGAAUAAGCAGAGGAAAAAAAUUGGAUAAGAUCUUGAACUACGAAAGAAUGAUAUCGAAAAAGAAUUAUUAAGAUUGAAGGAUUCUAAGCAAUAAAACGAGUCUAGACUGAAAAUGCAAGAGGCUCUACGCAAAUAAUAAUACGAGAAUUUUGAGAAAUCCAAGCGAGAUAUUGGUGAUUUGAUUAAGAUCACAGAUGAAACCUUGAAGAUGGUAGGAUCCUUACUACCCAGACCCGAUUGCAGUUUUAUUGAGAUGGAUAAAAUUUAAUUGAGUAAAGAGGAAUCAAAAGAUUUGACUAGAAGAUUAAGAAGUAUUAAAGGAAGAGUAGAUGGAUUGAAAGGCUAUGAAAGUGUGAUGGAGACUUUGGUGCAAUUAACCGAUUCCAAUUUCAAAUAGAGACACUUUAUAAAGUCAGUUUUGGAUCUAUUAAAUAAGCUUAGAAAAUCUCUGGUUGAUUCUCAAAACAAAUUAAUAAAUGAUGAAAAGGAAUAGGACAGAGCCUUCUCUUAAUGGGACAGUGCUCAGGAUGGGGAGACUAACGUUUUUGAGAGAGAAUGGAAUGAUUUACUGGAGGAAAGAGAGGACAUUCAAUCCUUCAUUGCUGAUUGUGAAAAUAUCAUAAAGAUCCAUUAAGCUGAUAUAGAUUUAUAUGGGGAACGCGUGAAGUUGGAAGAACAAUCGUUAUUGAUAAGCAAAUAAACCCAUGAGGAGUUGGUGAAACAAAUAAAUAAUGAAUUGGAUAUUAUUCAAAAAUCCAUUAAGUUGUUGUAUUCGCCUGCUGUUUUUGAAUACUUGAAAUACAAAAUAAACUUAGGUCCCUGAUUAUUAGAAUAAUAUACAUAUAGAAGAUUUAAUUA